AUGGUUCGUGUUACGGAAGAGCUGGCUCUGUCCGCCGAGCACCUCACCCUCUACCACGCCGCCGACCCCCUCCUCGGCCACCUGCCGGUGCUCAUCUUCCACGGCUCCUCCACCACCGCAAACUACACCCUCAACAGCUCCCGCGUACAGAUCCACGUCUACAGCCCCGCCGGCUUCCAGUCGUUCCCGCGCCUAACCAUCCAGCCCAACUCCCCUUUCUACGCCGUCGUCAACCACCUGCCCCGCGAAUGGCAGGGCGACGAGAUCUACCGAGGCCUUGCCUUCGGUCUCUACAAAUACUUCCAGGAGCUGCCCGAGGUCGUCAAGAACCACCUCAAGAACACGUACCCGACCACGAGGGGUCGCCGUCCGGGAAGCGGGCCCGCCCUGUUCGGGGAGCAACAUGCCGCCGACCUCGCCAAGAACAUGAUCAAGAGCGAGAACACUCCAGAGGUCAUUGAGACACUGCGGACCGCGCUCCAGACACAACACCUGAGCAAUGUCGACGUCGAUUUUGUCCUGCCGCCCGGCUCGAUCGUACCGCUACAGCCUGAAGACUUGGAGGAGGUGCCCGAGGACGAGGAUGAUAUUCUGGACCCGACCCUGCGCCAGUACGGAGGAUACACCUCAUUAGUGAAGCUGCUGGGAGACCCCGUGUUUCUGCCGACCUCGAGGUUAAAGAGGGCACCGUCGAAGCCGACCUCGCUGAAUCGCAGCAAGUCUUUCUCCAAGGACCAGAAGGUGGAGCUGAGAAUGAAGCUCGGGGAGCUGGUUGAUACCGAAGAGAGAUAUGUGUUGAAGCUGAAUGAGCUGGUCAAGCAUAUCGCCGACGAGUUCAGGCAAUCGGCGAAGCAGCGCGACACCAGCAGCCUGAGUCCAUCCGAAGAGGAACUCGAGAAGCUAUUCCCAGUCGCAGCAGACAAGAUCCUGCAGAUCAACUCCGCCUUCAUGCAAGAGCUGCGCGCAAUCAUGGACGACACAGAAGAUGAGGCGCUGAGGGACAUGGAGACAACGACAGUCGCACUGACGGGAUCGAGGCUGGGAUCUCCAGGAAAGGCAAAAGACCCCAGCGGCGCGCUGGCUUUUGCGAGGAUAUUUCUUGAGUGGUUCCCUCAGUUCACCGACUGCUAUCAGGACUACAUCCGGGCAAGCCAGCAUUUCCCCGCUCUUCUCAACUCGUUCCUUGAUGAACAGUCGAGCUUCAGGCAACGGGUCAUCCAGAAGGGUGAGCAGACUGUCCGCUCCAUUCUUAUCGAGCCUGUACAGCGCCUCCCGCGGUACAGCCUGCUCAUCGACCAAAUCGUCCAGUGUCUUCCCAUGACGCACCCUGCGCUGCAACCGAUGCUCAAAGCGCGUGACAUCAUCACCAACAUCUGCUCAAUGGAUGAGCCAGUCCCCGAGAAACCCCAUGUGACGGGUCGCCUGCGAAACUUGGUUGAGAGUUGGCCUCUCGAUCUGGAGCCCCAAGGCAGGUUGGUUCUUGCGGCUGACUUCGUGGAGUUACCUGCUCCUUACCGGCCACUCGACCCGCCACAAAUGUCAGAACGCGCCGGCAUCUUCCUUCUAUUCUCAGACUGCCUUGUCAUCCUGAAGAAGCUGGGACCGAAGCCGAUGAACGGACGCGACCUCCUGCGCGAAAUCGAUAAGCCUUCAGCAGCUGGGCUUCUCAUGUCCAUGACCAACGCCGCAGGAGGCCAGGCGUCCUAUGAACUUGCUUUUACUGGGUGGCACAACCUGGCAGAUGUGCGAUUCACCGAGUCGGCAGACAGCACCUUGGUUUGGAUGACUUCAACCCAGGAAAUGAAGGGAGCACAUGCUGGCGAGUGGGUCACAGGCACGGCCGUCACUUCGAGGUGCUUCGUGCUAGAGGAGACCUUUGAAGCCAAGGCAUCAAAAUGGACAGAGGAUAUCGUCAAGGCCCGUGUUGAAGGCAGAUUCUCCGAGAAGGAGCGCGAAGAUCCUUGCUGGUCUCUUCGUUCUGUCAGAAUGCCGGACAACAACCUUGGAUUCUUCGCUGCUGUAUUCCAGGAGGGCGCCGAUCAGUUGAUUGAGGGCCGAAGAGAGCCCGCACCGAUUCGCAUCGUGAUCGACCACGACAAGGGUACCAAGGGGGCACCUAUCGGUCAUUACGGUGUGGAGAUCACGGUCAACGUUAGAAGUGGCGAUAUGAAGCGGGUGAAUAUGCAGACUGCCGGUCUGAAUGGCAGGCAGUUUGCAGACGACGUGGCAUUGGAUGACUUUUUGCCCACGCUCACUCGACGAAUUAUUCAACUGCUCAGUUUGCAGUUCAACGCCUCAAACCUUCGACUGGCGCCUGCACUCGUCUCCUACUAUACCAAGAUCUUGAAGGGCCUGCCUCUCAUGACCAGAGCAGAGAAGACGAGGUCUUUCCUUGCCUCGUCACCCGUUAAGGGGCUCUUCUCCAGCAUUUGGGGAGGCUCGACCAACACUGAGGCGCACAGCCCACCCAAGCAUACCCGUACACCUAUUACCAACGUCUUCCCUCCGCCUGUAUCGCGGGCAAACAGCGAACAAGGCUCUAUUUUCGGCUCUGCAAGGGGCAAAGAAGGCAUCAAGAUGAGCGGCGACGACCGGCCUGAGAAUCCCCUCGUGCGGCUGGAACAGACAUUUACGGGAUACGUUGCCAGCCUGCAGUCUCGUAAGGGAAGCAUUGUCGGACGGAUGCUGCUGAACCGCUCAGUGGCAGAUGAGCUCUCGGUCAACGAUCUCUACAACCGCCUCAUCGAGAGCCCUUUUGACCUGGACGCCUCGUCCGAGCUGGGCGCCGAUGUCAUUUUCGUGGCUUUUGAAAAGUUCAUCCGCAUCGCAUGGUGCGAGCAGAUGGGCCCCAUCAUGACGAAGCAAGCGCUCGACACGUUGCUGGAGCGGAUGAACCGCCAGGUGCCAGGCAACUUUGCCGACUUUGUCAACUUCAUGUUCAAGGAGAUGGCGCCGCAGAACCAAAGGGCUUUCACGGCUCUCAUCAAACUUCUGGCUGACUUGCUCGAUGGCUGCGGUAACGACGGAGACAGAGGCAUUCUGACAGUAUCAUUUGCGGAGCUUCUGGUCCAUGAUGGCACCGCACAAAAUUACAUCAACCUCCUGGAUCGCCUUGUUGAAGACUGCGAUAGGAUCUUCGAUGACCCCAGCAGCAUCCACUUGACCGUUCAGCAAGCAUUUGAGUCCAUGAAUUCUCGGAGUGGUGGGAAGUCACACACGGGCUCGCUCACGUCAAACACAUCCUCCAUUCGCCGCAAGUUUGGUUUCGAUUCUUUGCUGCGUCAGAACAGCAAGAACGACUCGGAACGGCCAUCUGUCUGGCGCACCCUCAGCAAACAUAGCCGUCAUCCUGCGUCCGCGGACGCUUCCUCGAGUUCAAGUCUGUCCAAAAUGACGUCCGGACGCGCAAGAUCUAUCGACUCAGGCACAGGCACACAGCCUGGGCCUAACAAGUUAAGGCGGCCUGGUUCCCGCGAUAGGCCACCGUUGGCUGGUGCAUUCGAUGAGGCUCCCAGGCCAACCAGCUCGCAGCGACUCGACAUGCGCCUGGAGACCAUUGGCGAGCCUGAGAUUGAGCAAAUUCCGGUCAAGUCUUCCAAGAAGAAACGGCGCAGCUCGCUUUCUGAUCUGAGGAGCCUGAUGUCUGCGGCCACGAUUGACGACCCGCAGGAGAAGAUCGAGGAAGCGUUGAUGCCUCUGCGCAUCAACAAGCAGACUUCGGAAAAGUUCAACUCGACACCAAGGAUACCAUCCCCUUCUAGGAUACCGAUAAGCCCGACGUCCCAAAGUCUACGGUCUCCUCGAAUGGUCUCGCCACGUCUGAAGGAGAACCCCGCGUCACCAGAUCCACUACAGAUCCUCCACACUCCGCACACCCCUGGACCUCUCGAUCGGGAGAACACGCCCAAGGUUACACCAAAGGGACACGGCAGAGGCCUAUCCACGUCGAACAUUCCCACGCUGAGGCCUACGCGUCCGGUUGGUAGCCACUCGACCGAUUCCAUCCCACGACCUUCUACAAGUCCUGGCAAGCCCCCGGGCAGCGGCAAGCUUCGCCUUCAGUCGCCCCAGAAGCUGCGAGAGCGGUUGCAGACGGAGAAGAAGGCGGUCGAGGACGUCGAUGCAUCACUCAAGUCGGAACUGUCAAAGAUUGCCGAGGAGAUGUCGCGGGUCAACUCGGGUCUCGGCUCGCGGACCAACACUUUGGACUUGCGCAAGCUGACCGACUCGGUCAAGACGCUCGAGGAGCGAAUCCCGAACAUGAUGUCGGAGCUCACGGAACGGCAGACCUCCAUCCAGCGCGACAUGGAAAGCACGCUCAAGGCUUCGGAGACCAAGGUCAAGAGCAUCGAUCAGCUGUACAGAGAGUCGACGGCAGAAAAUGAGCUCAUGUACGAGAAGUUCAACAGCGAGCUGGGCAAGAUCGUCAAGGCGCUCAAGGGCAAGGGCCGCGAGGACAAGGAAGACCUCCUCCGAAGCUUACGAGAGCACAGCGAGGAGACGGCACGGGUCAAGAAAGAGAACGCGCGAUUGAAGCGGGAGAUUGUCAGCCUUCGGACACUGAUGAAAGGCGCGGAUGCCUAG